UGGCACGUGUUUGAGUGGGAAUCUAGAAAUCUGUGUAUAUAUGUGUAUGUUGUCGCUUUUUUGUCCCUAGAUCCUGCGAGGGUCUAACACCUAUGGCUGGCAAUGUAUCUACAAACUCAGUCCUUAUUUCUCAUGGACACCCUGUGUGGUUUCUUCCAGUUUGGCAGUGGGUGGGUUUCCUGGAUCAGAUGCUGACCAGUGACAUGUCCUAUUUUUUAAUCCCAUGUGCCUUCAGGUAUCUGGAAAUCUGGGCAGCAGAUGGCCAGGACACCCUCUUCUUGAGGGCCAAGGAUGAGGCCAGUGCAAGGUCAUGGGCAGGUGCCAUCCAAGCCCAGAUCAGCACUUUCAUACCUUGGGUCAAGGAUGAGCUGCUGGCACUGCUGACAGCCACAGGUACAGCUGGGAACCAGGACAUCAAGCAGAUUGGCUGGCUGACAGAACAGCUGCCCAGUGGGGGUACGGCUCCAACCCUGGCCCUGCUGACGGAGAAGGAGUUGCUCCUCUACUGCUCUCUCCCCCAGACUCGAGAGGCCCUGAGCAGGCCAGCCCGUACUGCCCCGCUCAUUGCCACCAGGUACCAAGGA